UUUCAAUAAUGUCAUCAGCACCGGCUUCUGCCUUUACUUUCGGUACGGACUCUCUCGUAUCUGUCGGAAGCAAACGGUAUCUGGCUUCUUCAUGUCAGUGCACGACCUCCUCCCCGUUUCAUUUUUGUCCAGAUGCCCGGCGAUUCGUAUUUCAAGUCCCUUUUCUUGCCAUCUCAUUCGUCUAUGCUUCUCUUCUAUCACUAAAGUGUUGCUCAACUACCCGCUUGAAUGAUGCCAUAUUCCGCAUUCGAGGAAUCUCCGAAACCCCUCAAGCACGAAUCCUAACGGAUCCACGAUUCGUGAUUGGUAUUCCUGAGGGUACAACAGUAGUACAAAAGUAACAUGGGCUGCUCUCUGCGCAGCAAGGCGUCAGUUACGUAGACUCAAGCAAUCCCUUACACGUAAAGAGUUGAUGAGACUUCAAACCAAGAGCGCCCGCUCGGAGAGCCAUAUGACGAAUUGCUGCUGCUACGCCUGCGAUUGGGACUCGGAGUCCCUCAACAAGAGAGCGGUCUCGUAUCUGUCGA